AUGUCAAGCGGCAGUACUAUUGUUUCGUCUGACAAGUCGGAGCGAACAUUUAAACAUGAGGAAGAGCUACCCAAAUUACCGCUACCCCUACUUGGUGACACUUUGCAACGUUUGAAAGAGAGUUUAGAACCAUUAUAUUAUGCGGAUGGGUAUUACCAACAUCCCUUGGACCCAGAACAAAUUGAGAAGCUGUCGUCCAUAAUCAAAAACUUCAAAGAAAAUCCCGUGAGUAAGAAGCUGCAAUCCAAACUACAAAAUUAUCACGAUUCCAGGGAUUGUUACCUUGACGAGUUGCAUUUAGACAUCAAUAAUCAGACGUCUGCAAGAGAAAUUCAAGACGACGUUCUCCCUAGGAACCCAUUCUUAGUUCUUGCGGAUGACGCUUUGCCAAGUGUCACCCAGGCUGACAGGUCUGCCGUCCUAGUACACUCUGCAGCACGAUUUAUUUCUGCUCUAAAGCAGGGUCUAUUGCCUCCGGACAUCAAUGCCACUAACGGGAAACCGUUGUCGAUGGCACCGUUUCUGAACUUGUUCGGCACUACUCGUAGUCCUGUCUUCCAGCACGGUGAGAUUGAAAAUUUUGAUUUGAGUAAACCGUACACUGCGUCUGACCUAGAGGACCCUGGUUAUUCAAGUGAAGAAGGCAAUGACGACGAAACUACCGAGAAACAUUUGGCUGAGAGUAAGAGAAAACGUGAAGAUGACAUUUUCACUGGCAAUGGCAUCACCAUUAAAAGACAUCCGGAUAGCAAACAUAUCAUGAUCAUCUCCAGAGGCCAAUAUUACACCUUAGAAGUUCUGGACUCGAUGAAUAAAAUUAUAUACACAGCCGCCGAACUGACGACGAUCUUUGACCAUAUUAUAAAAGAUUCAGGAAGCACUGGAAAAUCAACUGCAUUAGGUAGUUUGACCUCUCAUUCUUUCAGAAAUUGGAAAUAUGCAAGGAAAAGGUUGCAAAAGAGGUAUCCAAAUGAAUUACACCAGAUAGAUUCUGCUCUAUUCGUUCUUGUGCUUGAUGAAUCACUGGAGGAAACUGCCAAUGAUGACGUCAAUACCGCCGAUAUUAGCCAAGAAUUCAUGAGGACCAUCACUGAACGCGACAAGAAAUGCACUUCUGCAAAUUGCAAAAGAGUUUUCUACGGUACUUCCAUAAUAAACAGCAAAGGUCAUCAAGUUGGUUCAUGCGUAUCUCGUUGGUACGAUAAAUUGCAGUUGGUGGUCACUGCGGAUGCAAAGGCCACUGUGAUUUGGGAUUCCUUUACUUGUGAUGGAUCUGUCGUGCUUAGAUUCACUUCGGAAAUUUACACGGAAUCCGUAUUGAGAUUAGCUAGAGACGUUAAUGCUGGUGACCCACAAUUUUCACUGUGGCCCAACGUCACACAAAUAGAUCCUGAAACCAAAAAAUUAAUGACGGCAACAGUAAAUUCCAACGGUAAAGGUCUUUCUGAAAUUGACCCUAAGUCAGUUGUUGAAAAAAUUGAUUGGUCCUUUAGCAACAUUCUGAAUACGCAUGUCCAUUUGUCGGAGACCAAACUAGCGGAUUUGAUUUCCAAAUAUGAUAUUGUUCGCGCCUCUAUUCCCUUAGGGAGAAGGUCGGCUCAAAGGUUAGGCAUCAGACCUGACUCUAUGGUGCAAGUAGCUUUGCAAGUAGCUCACUAUGCACUGUAUGGGAGAAUGGUAUUUGGUUUAGAGCCUGUAUCCACCCGUGGUUUUAGAAACUCGAGGUCCUCCUUUAUUAAUAUUCAAAAUCAGGAACUGUUAGAAUUAUGUCAGUUAUUUAUUUCCAGCUCCAUCGACGGGACAGGAAAAUUAGACAAAUUUAUCCAAACCUGUGAAACGCACCAUGAAAUGGUUAAAUGUGCGAAGUCAGGUGUUGGAUAUGAAAAACAUUUUAAUGCAUUAAAGUAUCUCUUCAAGUUUCAUAACCAUUUCGGCAUCUCCCUAAGUGACGAUGAAUCAUCGGCUGCGAAGGAUCUUUUUGAAAGUACAUUGAUUUUACCUUUCUCACAGCCUGAGUUGAUCGUUGCUAACUGUGGUAAUGCUGCCACCACGACGUUUGGUAUUACACCAGCUGUGCCCCAAGGCUUUGGCAUAGGUUAUAUCAUUAAAGAUGAUCAAGUAGAUUUGACUGUUACAUCGCAAUUUAGACAAGGUGACAGAUUAAUGUUCAUGUUAAACUGGGUUCUAAGCGAAAUUCGCUCCUAUUGGAGGAUGUCACGCGGUACCUCUCAUAACAAGACUGGCGUAAAAAUCAGCCCUGUUGUAGACAAACUAUACGAAAUGGACAAUGCAGUUAACAAUCCUUCAAGACGCAACGGUCACACGGUUUCUGGGAAUCGCCAAACAUCUUCGUCAUCGCAAGUAAAUUUGAAUAGGUAUGGCGGAUUUUUUGAUUUAGAAAGUCAUAUCGACAGUAGAAACAUCUCCAAAUCACCAUCGGCAAAAAAUUUACAGAAAACUUUUAAUGGCUUGACGAUGAAUGCAGACAACGACCAUUCAAGUUCUGCAGUAUCGGUUCCCACAGAAAAGGAAAAGCUUAAUACAGGUCAUGAGAUUCUACAAAUCCAGCCGCGAGAAGUGGCCAGUAAUGGGUUGGAAGCAGGUGACGAAGUGAAGAUUGAUGGAAUUGCUGGCGAUACCAGUGGUAUAUCAUCAUCUUCAUCCGCUACAUCUUCAAAUUCCAAGAAACGUAACGUCAUCAAUUCAAGAUUCGACAUUGAUUUUGAUCGUAGUCGCGUGGGUAGAAAAGUUGCUACCUUGGACCAAUAA